CAUUGGAUUGGGCAAGGUUAGAACCAAGAAUCAGCUUUGACGUAGAUUUGGGGGCAGCUUUGAGCCAGCUUUUCUUCAGUACUCUCACUUUCCCCCUACUAACGUCUAUCAUGGUGUUCUGGUGUGUCAUCUGGUGGUGCUCUGCUCGCUCUUGGAAUGGCGAGUGGUGGUGGUACUGGAUAGGGUACCGGAGCCCUGUAAACCCUAGAAUGACACGUUUCCACUGACUUAGCUUUGAGUCAUUCUCACUUUAUUCUUUCUGUCUGGCCUUUCUUGGCCAAUCUUUUCUUUUCUUAUUUCUUGGCGUCUGGUGGCAGCCGGACUUCAAUUUCAGCCAAUUAUUUUCUCCUUGAUCAUGAAUAGUACAACUAAUAGAGCGAUUACCAGGGCUAGGGCAUCCCCCAGAAGCGAUAACACUGCGAUUUCCAGAGCUAGGGCAUCCCCCGUAAGCGAUGAACCUCAGGAUGGAGAAAAUGCUAGGGCGUUCCCCAGAAGCGACGAAAAUGUCAUUAGAGCACCGCCACAAGCACCUAGAAUGCGAAUUUCAACAUGGAACGUGGGCUACAUUGAGCCAGUCAUUACUGGACGCAGCACCGAAUUGGGCAAAGUACUACAACGUAGACGCAUUAAUUUUUGUUGUAUUCAAGAGACAAAGUGGAAGGGGUCUAAAUCACGGAACAUUGGCUGUGGCUACAAACUGAUAUAUCAUGGUACUAGAGCACAGAAUGGAGUUGGGAUUGUUGUGGAUACGGAUCUCCAGGAAAGGGUGGUGGAAGUGAGAAGAGUCAGUGAAAGAUUGAUGUCUAUUAAAUUUGCUUUGGACAGACAAUCAAUGCUGCAUGAAUGUCAUAAGUGCUUAUGCACCAAAAGCAGGUUGUACAUACGCUGGAAAAGACACAUUCUGGGAAGAGAUAAAUGAUAUUUUAUGUACCAUACCUUCCACUGAAAAUACGUAUGUCUGUGGAGACCUGAAUGAACAUGUAGGGCAGACCACAACAGUCUAUAACAGGAUACAUGACAAUUACGUUUAUGGAAAUGUUAAUACAGAAGGCGAGAAAAUUCUUGAGU